AUGGACAGCCAAUACUACCGCAGCGCAAGCUAUUAUGUUAACGCAACGUCUCCAGUGUCGUCAGGAGACUACCUUGAAUCUCCCACGUUCUUAGAGGCUCCGGAACUCGCCCGUCAGCUAUCCGACGUCAGCUCCAGAGGACCUCUUACACCCUCUUCUUACGGCUCUUCCCCUGGGAUGUCAUACUCGUAUUCGCACAGCAUGAGUCACUCUCCAGCGGGCAAUUAUGGGGACAGCUACGACGAGAGCUAUGGAGACAGCUAUGCGGGAUUCUAUGGCGAUGAUUAUACGAGCACCGCAUCUUCGUCGGCACAACAAACGUCGGAGCCUUAUUACGGAAACAUUGACUGGUCCCAGUAUGACUACGUCCCCACCGAGGACGGAGGUUACUGGCAGAUGAAACCGCGAUAUGUUCCUGCGGGACAGUAUCCAACAGUGAUACCCCACCAAGGGGGCCAAGAGCAACAGGAGGUGGUGGACUACAAGUUCCCCUGCCUAGAGGCGGGCUGCACAGCAAACCCAUUCAAGCGCAAGGCAGACCUCGAAAGGCAUUACAGACAAGUUCACCAAGACCCGUCCAAGAAAGAAGCUCACAAGUGCGACUACCCAAAGUGUUCGCGGAGGAACGAGCCGUUCGGACGACGGGACCAUUUCCGGGACCACCUGCGAGACUACCACAACGAAGACAUCUUCAAGCGGGGCACGCACGUGGACGACAGCUGGCUCCAAGGACGCAACCUCUCGUCACGGUGGUGGCGGUGCUCGAAAUGCUUGAUCAGAGUCGACGUCAACUCGUACCCCGACCACGUCUGCCCCAAGUGCAAAAACCCGUGCGAAGACAAGCGCAAGCGUGCGAGAGGCUGGCACUGA